AUGAGCAUCGUCGAAACGUUCCACGGCUACAUCGAAACAACCCAGGACACCCUCCUCAUCUUCGAGGCCUGUCGCCGCGGUCUCCUCCCCCGCAUCUGCCGCCGUCUGCAGGAAAAGGAGCGUCGUAUCGUCCAGUCAGGCACUGUCUUUGUCUUUGAUGAGCGCGAGUCCGGUAUUAAGCGGUGGACGGACGGUCUCGUCUGGUCCCCCUCCCGCAUUCUCGGCAACUUCCUGGUCUACCGCGAGCUCGACAAGCGCAACGCCUCCGGCAAGAAGGAUACCUCCCCCAUCGACCGUGCCUCUCGCUCCAGCUCAGGGAGUGAUGUCGAGUCGGCCCUCGAGAAGAACAAGGAGCGCGCCCUGGUCGGUUCCCUCACCAACUCUUACCGCUUCAAGAAAAACGGCUUGAUCAAGAAGACGAUGUCGAUCGUCGUCAACGGCGUUUCCCAGCAUUUGAUCUCGUAUUACACCAAGGAAGAUGUCCUCGCUGGCAGACUUCACACUCCUUCCUCCGUCCCAGAAUUGGCCAGCCUCGAGAUUAGCCCAGAGUUCCUUAUGAAGCAAAACUUCAGGAUCCCUCCCACCGUCGAGCAGUCUUAUGAUCUUGGUGACCAUAUCCAGUCGCCCGUCUCCAACAACCACAGCCCUCGUACCCCCAGCGGACCUUUCCACACGAUGAACGCCAAUGGAGCCGACUUUACUUCGACGGGCUUUGGAAACCAUAUCCGACCCAAGACAGAGCCCGACCUGGUCGGUUCAUCACCCAUCGACGUCUUUGCAAAGUCAUAUCACCACCAGCAGACCCAUCACUCGAUGCACCCACAACAAGGAUACCACGGCAUGGCCCACAUCAGCAACGGAGGAGGAUCCCAGCAUCACCACAACUCUCACCCUUACAGCCCCCAGCACGCGACCUUCCCCCAGAACUUUGCCUAUGGCCCCGUCUCGAAUGGCAGUGGUAGCAGCAGCCAGGGCAGCCAGGAUCAAACCUCAACGACGCCACCACCCAUGCGGUAUUUGCCUCGCAGCCACCCCAGCCACGCCUUCACACCAUACCCACCCACAACACAAUCGCCCCAGUCGAGCUCAUCCCAGCAGCAGCGUCACAGCCUGUCCCCAGGAGGCCAAUACGGAGCAUCGCCCGCCAUGAUGAUGCCCAACCCCAACACCAACGGACACUUUGCGGCACACGACUUUAACCUGUCCAUGGGCUACCACUCACCUGCGACCACCAGUCCUGGAACAUUUGGAGGCCUCUCGUCCAACUCGCCACAGUCCAGUCACUCGCACAUUCCCCAACAACAUCACCACCAUAUCAACUUGCCACCUGUGACACAAGGCUGGGGCGACUUUGGAUACUCUUCCUACGCAACCGGACCAGUUGACCACCACGAUCAGCAUGACCACGACAGCUCAUCUCCUUAA